AUGUUCUCAUGCUGUGGAGGCGGGAAAGAGGAUUCUGUUCACGAUACAAGCUCAAGCAAAGCUAAAACAGCGCCACCUCGAGGACCUGCCUAUGGAGGAGGUAAUACUACAGGAGACCCUAGGAGCAGUGGAGCAAUUAGAAGCGGGGCUCCUCAAAAAGCGUUGCCCAUUGAAGCACCAAAAUUGACGUUGGCUGAGUUAAAUAAGAUGACUGGUAAUUUUGGUUCACGUGCAUUGAUUGGAGAUGGUUCUUAUUGUCAAGUUUACUAUGGGAAGCUCGAAGAUGGGCAAGAAGCGAUCAUAAAGAAACUUGAUACUAGCUCUUCACCAGAACCCGACCUGGAGUUUACAAACCAGUUAUCAGUAGUUUCAAGACUUAAGAAUGAAUUUUUCGUCGAGUUGCUUGGUUAUUGCCUGGAGGACAACAACCGAAUAUUGGUAUACCAGUAUGCACCCAUGGGUUCAUUGCAUGAUGUAUUACAUGGUAAAAAGGGUGUAGAAGGGGCUACCCCUGGUCCCCUUCUCACUUGGCCCCAAAGAGCUAAAAUUGCUUAUGGUGCAGCAAGAGGUCUUGAGUAUUUACAUGAAAAGGUUCAACCUCCUAUUAUUCAUCGUGAUAUUCGGUCCAGCAAUGUCCUACUGUUCAAUGACUUUGAAUCCAAAAUAGCCGAUUUCACGUUGAGCAAUCCUUCUGACACUGCAGCCCACUUGCAUUCAACUAGAGUUCUGGGAACUUUUGGCUACCAUGCUCCAGAGUAUGCGAUGACAGGGCAGAUAAGUCAGAAGAGUGAUGUUUACAGUUUAGGGGUUGUUCUUUUAGAACUUUUAACAGGACGGAAACCCGUGGAUCAUACAUUGCCAAAAGGAGAACAGAGUCUUGUUACAUGGGCAACGCCAAGAUUAAGUGAGGAUAAAGUAAAACAAUGUGUUGAUCCAAAAUUAAACGAGGAUUACCCCCCAAAGGCAGUUGCAAAGUUGGCAGCAGUUGCCGCACUUUGUAUCCAAUAUGAGGCAGAUUUCAGGCCAAAUAUGACCAUUGUUGUGAAGGCUCUGCGGGCUCUUGUCAAUGCCAGACCAGCACGCACCGGAUCACAAUCUUAGCAUAGCAAUGGGCCAAAAGCAGAUUUAUGAAAACCAAGGAAAGUGUUGCAGUGCUAAGGAUUUGGUCAAGACAGUAUCACCUCACUAGAUAAUGUUGGUGGAUGCUAGUCAGCGGGAACCUCUCGCAUACGAGCAUGUUAUGUAAAACUGUGUGGUCUGAUCAUCCUGCAAGAAGUUAUGGUAGUUAGCUGAAGACCCUAACAACAUAGGAUAUAUAUGAUGUAUAUGUAUUGUAAACUUGUAAUUAAGA